GCUAAGUGGUAGAGUGGCCAAAGUUCAAUCCCCAAUACCAAAAACAACAACAAUAACAAAACAAAUAAAAAGCUGAACUGAAAAUGAUCAAUUCAUUUUCAUAAAUCUUCGGAAACUUCAACGUUAUYAUUUCUGUUUUACAAACGAAGAGUAUAAGACGCAGCAGUUGAGCCAUUUGCAACUGCUAAAUGGUAGAACUGAGAUUGUAAUUCAGGCCUUCUGAUUCUAAACCAUCAAUUUUACUAAAGUUAUCCUCCAUGUCCAAAAGAGAUGUUUGCUUGGGCCUUGUUUUCCUUACGCUGUCAAAUUUGAGUAUUUUAAAUGUGUCUGUUAGUAACAUCUGCUAGGCGCAUGCGUCUCUUCCUUUUCCAGCAAUAGGGUGGAGGGGAAACGCCUCCUCUUUCCCCUAMGCUUGCCUCUUUUGGCCCCGGCGGCUCGCCAUCAUUGGCGAAGACAUUCGCUAGAAUGGCGACUGGAACCCCGGAUUCGCAAGCACGAUUUGGUCAGUCAGUGAAGGGGCUUCUCACUGAGAAAGUGAACACCUGUGGUACCGACGUGAUCGCGCUCACCAAGCAAGUGCUCAAGGGGUCCCGCAGCUCCGAGCUGCUGGGUCAGGCAGCUCGAAACAUGGUACUACAGGAAGAUGCCAUCUUGCACUCCGAAGACAGCUUAAGGAAAAUGGCAAUAAUAACAACACAUCUUCAGUACCAGCAAGAAGCUAUUCAGAAGAAUGUUGAACAGUCAUCAGAUCUACAGGACCAGUUGAAUCACCUGUUAAAAUAGAAUGGCAUAUAAGAGGGGAACAGCACUUCUUUGCCUGAUGCUAAGGAGGAUUGUCUUAUACAACUUUUGGGCUGUGGGUUUGAUUUUCCAUUUCAUCUCAACGU